UUCAUAUGUGUAAAUACAAUAGUAUUUUAGGGGCAUAAAAACACUUUAUAGUCAAUGGCGAGCUUAGAAAGUGACUCAUCUAGCUUUCACAGACCGUUAACAAUGCUCGAACAACUUCUUGAUGAAAUCAACUUUCAGAGAACAAAAGAAAUGCGACAGAUACUCAAAGACGAUUCAGGAUUUGUUAUGUUGCAAGGAAUGACUUACUGGACAGACUUGUUUGUACGCCAUUUCUUGUUUCAAACAGAACACAUAGUAGACGGCGAUGACCUUCUAUUUUUUGUCCGUAAAAAACAUAUUAAGAAAUCAUCAAAAUAUUUGCCAAAAUUUGAGACCGAAGUGGAUGUUUUUCGUAAAGAUAGUAAAAAGCUACCAAUUGGAGAUCCGGAUAUUGAUUGGGAAGAAACAGUUUAUUUAAAUCUAGUUGUGCACCAAUUCGAUUACACACUUACACUCGCCAUCUGUACUAGAACAAGUCCUAAGGAAUUACAAGUAUUAAAAAGACAUUCUCAAAAAGUAUAUGCAAGUCCAAGUCGUAGACGGAUGGACGCGAAAGGUGAUCUUGAAGAGAUGACAUAUCCUCAUAUCUGCUUUAUGGUAGAUAAUUUCGACGAGGUUUUCUGUGAUAUUUUAGUCAGAGACGGCGAAAUGGUCUGUGUUGAAUUAGUAGCCUCUGAUAGAGAAGGAAUAGUUCAAGGAGUAAUUUUUCUUGGAUCUAUUAGAUACGAUGCAUUGAAGAAAGUUUAUGAUACAAGGUCAAGUCUCAGUGCAAAAAUGGCGCAACGGAUGACUUUCGGACUUUUUUCGGGAUUCACAUCUCAAAGAGUCGAAUUUGUACGAAUGAAAGGACCUCAAGGUAAAGGUCAUGCAGAAAUGGCAGUAACAAAACCGACUGGUUCAGGAGUUGAGACACCAACUUCGGAACCAGGUUAUUGCGCUACAGACAUAUUACGAGAUGCCGAUUGGGACGAUACCGAUGAACUAUUCAUUUAUCGCCAUCAACGCAGAUUGUCUGAUCCUAGUGCCAAUCUCAAUAAUUAUACGCGAGGUGGUUGCUACACAAAACCUGAUGUAAAUAGAACAAAAGCCAGAUCAGAAAACGAGGGUUUGGACUCCAUAGAUAACGGAUUCAGCGAAAUAGAAGCUGGAGACGUACGGGACGGUUAUAUGAACUGUGAGUCUGUGGAUGAGAAGCAACAACAUCAAGAGCAACAUCAACAAGCAAUUGAAAACGAAGUGCCACCCUGCCAAGAAGACGUAGAAGAAAGGCCUAUUCGGGUUAUUUUACGGGCAAUCUAUUGCCUCCACAUCGCGUCACUCCGGACGGCACCGCGAUCUACUAUUGGUGUGAACUCCCUCGAUGUCCCGGCUCUCAGGAAUUGGACGAUGGAGCAUAUAAUCCACUGUGGACAAUGCGGGGGUUCACUCAAACAUUUCACUUUUGGAAAGAAACAAAAAGAACCCAAUCCGUCCCCCUUAAUGCGUUCCUUACCUACAUUACGUUACCAUGGUGGAGCAUAGCUAAAGAUAUACUAGAUCACCGAGAAGGACCCAUAUUAACAUUUUAGUUGAUUCUACAUCUAUAAAUACAAAAUGUGAUGACAUUCGUUUUAUUUCAUUUUGUGAACAUGUCGAAUCUAUGGAACUUGUGUAUUUACGUGUGAAAUAAUUUCAACAAUUAGACAAAAAAUAUGACAAGAUUUUAAU